AUGAGCUAAAAGGGCGCAAAGGGUAUUAAAUUGAGUAGUAGUAUUGAAGAGGAGAAAAAGAGCGACUCAAUAUCUAAAUAGAUAAAAAAAUAGAGGAAAAAAAAUAAUAAUGUGGGAAUAGUGGAGAAUAAAAAAAAAGUGAAAACUCAAGUAGUUAAAAGAUAGGAUGCAUGGAAACACUUAGAAACAGUUGUAGAUUUGUUAAUUGAAAGUGAUCCAAAGAAUAUUUUGGAUAGUUAAGAAUUGAGUGGUUUAAUUGAAGAGUUUGAGAAUAGUGAAAGUAAUCCAAAGGACUCAUAUAAAGAAUGGUUUGAUAAAGAAUAUGAAUAUUAAUAUGAGGAGACAACGCAAUUAAUGAAGGUAUAAUACAGUAAAAGUAUAGCCUAUCAAUUUCAAGAGUAAUUUGUGUUAUUUGCAUGAAUUCAGAAAAAGAGUAGAAUACCGAUAGUAUUGGGAUAUUUAAGAAAUAAUAAAGGAUUUGCAUAAAUUAUUUGGCAACAUUUACAUGAAAUGCAAAAAUAAAUAAUCCUACUAUUAUUUGUCCAAAGUUUGGGAUGAUGCUAAACCAAAGAUAAGAACAGUGAUAUAAGAAUUCUCUGAAUUAAUUAAAGAAGAAGUAUAUAAUAUACUUUAGAUGAAUACUGAAUUUAAAGUGUCUUCCACAAUAUGGCCUGUUGUGCCUGAGAGAAAAGAAAUACGAACCUACAUAGAAAUUCAAGAUUAUGAACCAAAUCCUAAUGAAGAGCCACAUAUUUCUUAAAUUAAAGAGAAGUUAUCAAGCAAGAAAAUUCCAGUUAAAUGUAAAAGUGAUUGUGUUUGUUUUGAUUUGAGUAGAAUGGGAACAUUCAAUUAUUCAGAUAUUAAAUGGGAUUCUGAAUGUCCCAAUAGAAGUAAUAGAAUUGAAUGUAGAGAACAUGAAGGAACUGAUAAACCAUGUUUAAAUAUGUAGAUAUAAUUAAAAUAAUAUUUAAUUAAUAGAAUUAAUUUUGGAGAUAAUGCAGAUGUUGAAGUAUAAAUUAUAUUAUAUUAAGGAAACUUUAUGUUGGGGUAUUGAUGUAUAUACUAGAAAUGUAAUUAUAAAUAUAUUACCAUUGAACUAUGUAGAAGUUUAGAAGAAUUAAUUUAUUGAGAAAUUAAUAUUGGCUAUUAAUAGACCAAAUGAUAAAGAGAGAGGAUAUGAUAUGGGAUUAGCAUGUGAUUAUAUUAUAAGAGAAUCAAGAAUGGUUUCAAGUUAUUAUAAUAAAGAUGAUAGAAAGAUGGCUAAAUCAAUUAAAAGAGUUAUCAAACUUGAUGGAGGUGGAUUUCGUAUACAUACAAAAGGAUGUGGAUUAGUUUGUGUAAAUAAAUUUGGAAUUAAAACUAAUUCUCUUAUUAUACCAUAUUUGGGUGAAAUCUAUUAACCUUGGAGAUGGUAUGAAAAGCAAGAUUUCAUUAAAAAAUAAAUGAAAGAACAUAAUAAAAAAGAUAUACUCCCAGAUUUUUAUAAUAUAAUGUUAGAUAGACAUCUUGAUGAUUAUGAUGGAAUUGAUAUUUUAUUUGUUGAUCCUAUUAAUAAAGGCAAUUUUUCAUCCAGAUUAAGUCAUUCAUGUAAUCCUAAUUGUGGUACAGUCACAACUGUAAGUAAUGGAUCUUAUGUUAUUGGAAUGUAUGCUAUGCGUGAUAUAUAAUAUGGAGAAGAAUUAACAUUUGAUUAUUGUUCAUUUACUGAAAGUAAACAAGAAUAAUUGUAAGCCUUAUGUUUAUGUGGAAGUGAAAAUUGUAAAAAGUAUUUUAUUCAUUUUAUUAUUUAGAUAUUAUUUGGGAUUAUCUAAUCAAAGAGAAUAUAAUGCUAUUUUAGACAGGAAUCAUUGUUUUAUUAAAAGAAAUGCAAUUCUUUUGAAUUCUUGUCUUGAUAACUACAAAAUUGAUUAGAUUCUAUUAACUAAAUAUAAGAUUGGAUCUAGUUUAUUAACAGGUUGUCCAUUCUGGUUAAAAUGUUGGAUAUGUUAAUCACUUGGUUUCAUAGAUUAAGAGUAUUAUAUUAAUAUUAAUAGUAGAUAUAUAAUAUAUAAGGCAGAAUUGGAUACUAAAUUUAUUUUUAAUGAAGAAACUGAAAAAUGGAAUUAAUUUACUGCUUAAUAGCAUUCUGAAGAAAGAAUACAAAAUUUAAUAUUUACUUUAGAUAAAAUUAAAUUUUUCUUAAAAUAGAGUGAUACAGUUGAACCUCCAUUAUCUAAAAUUUCUAAUGAAGAUCUUAUAAUAAAUUUUUGGGGAAUUAAUAAUGAAUCUUUAUUAUCAAAUGAACUUUAUUAGCUAUUUUAAAAACAUGGAUUAAAAAAGUUAAUGGAAUUAAUUGUUCUAAUUUAAGAUAAGAGACAUUUAUAUGAAAUACAAGAAUAAUUAUUACUAACAAGAUUAUUAUUUUUAGUACUCUCACAUUUACUUUUAUAAUAAAAGUAAUCUUUCUAAUAUGAAGGAUUGUCUUUGAUCUUAUAAAUGAUGGCAUUCACAUAUACAUAUUUUAAACCAACUGAAUAUAAAGGAUUUCAAUCUCCUCCUAUAGAUGAUCUAGAAUGGGGGAAGGUAGGCUUAAUUAAGAAGAAAGGGAAAGCUGAAGGCAAGACAUAUUCUUCUUUAUUUGUAUGGGGAUAAUUAGUAGGAUGGUAUAAGCAAACUGUAGCUAGUCCUCAACUUUCACUUUGUGUAGAUAGAAGGGGCACUUUAUUGUAUCCUUAAAUCAGUUCAUUUGAUAUUAAUGUAGAGAAAUAAGUUUAAUCUUAAUAAGAGAAGAAUAAAACAGACUUCAUUUACAAAUAUCUUGAGAAACGAUUCAAUAUUUCUGUUGGAGAGAUGAGUUAUAAAACUAAUUAGAAAUAUUUUGGAACUAUCUUUUUUGAAUAUGUUUAUUCUUAGGAAUUGGGUUCAUAAUUUUUAGAUAGAGUUUUGGUUUAUGAUAAGAAAGAUUUUAAUAUAAAAUUUAAGUAGUUUCUUAAAUAUGAGAAAUUGAAAUUCAAUCAUUCAUCAGAAUAAAUUUAUAAAUUAAUAGAUCAUUUCAAAAAUCUAGUUUAAGUUCCAAAAUAAAGAAGUAAUAGAAAGAAAAUUGAGGAUAUAAAAUCUGAAGAAAGAUAAUAAGAAGAUGAACUGUUGUUUAAGAGAGAAUGUCUUAUAACUUAAGAAAUUUGA